AUGAUGAUGGUGGUGUUUCGCGUAGUUCUGAUCCUCCCGGUGGUUGUGAUGGCGCCAUUGUUGGAGGGAUCUCCGGUAUCUCCGGUAUCUCCGGCGGAAGCCUCAGUGACAGUGACAGUCAUCAAGGCCUUCCGCGGUAUAUGGAUGGCCGGGCAGGGGUGCGAGGCGACAUAG